AUGGAAGCGGAAAACGCCAACGCCUGGGACACCAAAGACGGCGGGUCCAGCGCGACUGAAUCAAUCCCGAGCCCGCGAGCAAACCGCAAGCCACCCAAGCUGUCGAAUGCGAUGCAAAAGGCGGCGCCACCGCGGACGCAGAUGCAGCAGCCUCCUGCCCAAGAGCAAGAGCAAGAGCAAGAAAUGAUGGCCCCUCCUCAAGCGCGCGGGCGACGGAUAGUGCCGGUGCACCAGUCUCGCAUCCAGGACCGGCCGGCCAAAGUAGGCGAGAAGGACAGCAGUCUGAAGAUCAAGAUCGAGCUGGAUCUGGAAGUCGAGGUAGAAAUCUACGCCCGAGUCAAAGGAGACGUGACGAUUGGGUUGAUGUAA